AGCCUUUCCGGACCCGGGCGAGCACUGCUAGCAGCUCAGGCACUUGGCCGGCGGGGCGCGGGCUCGGAGGGGAGGAGAGCGCAGAGGCCCAGGAUGGGCUUGCUGAAGGGCCUUCUCCGCGCCUGGAAGCUGCUGCUCGUCAUCUUCGUGCCGCUCCUGCUGCUGCCUCUGCCAAUGCUCCACCCCAGCAGCGAGGCUGCGUGUGCUUAUGUGUUGAUCGUGACUGCUGUGUACUGGGUGUCCGAGGCGGUGCCUCUUGGAGCUGCAGCCCUGGUGCCUGCCUUCCUCUACCCGUUCUUCGGAGUCCUCCGAUCUAGCGAGGUGGCGGCCGAGUACUUCAAGAACACCACGCUGCUGCUGGUGGGUGUCAUCUGCGUGGCGGCCGCCGUGGAGAAGUGGAACCUGCACAAGCGCAUUGCUCUGCGCAUGGUCCUGAUGGCCGGAGCCAAGCCGGGCAUGCUGCUGCUCUGCUUCAUGUGCUGCACCACGCUGCUCUCCAUGUGGCUCUCCAACACGUCCACCACCGCCAUGGUGAUGCCCAUCGUGGAGGCCGUGCUGCAGGAGCUGGUCAGUGCCGACGAGGAGCAGCUCAUGGCCGGCAACUCCAGCACCGAAGAGGCCGAGCCCAUCAGUCUUGAUGUAAAUACCCAACCUUCUCUGGAACUCAUCUUUGUCAAUGAAGACACGUCGAAUGCAGACCUCAGUUCUCUGAUGCAAAACAAGAACCUGAAUGGUGUGCCCACAACCACCAACCCCGUCAAAACAGCAAACCACCAGGGCAAGAAGCAGCACCCAUCCCAGGAAAAGCCACUGGUCCUGACCCCCUGCCCCAGGACCCAGGAACUCAAAAGAAAGUACAAGUCCCAGCAUGACCAGAUGAUCUGCAAAUGCCUCUCGCUGAGCAUCUCUUAUGCUGCUACCAUUGGGGGCCUGACCACCAUCAUCGGCACCUCUACCAGCCUCAUUUUCUUGGAACACUUCAACAACCAGUACCCAGCUGCAGAAGUGGUCAACUUCGGCACCUGGUUCCUCUUCAGCCUCCCCAUCUCCCUCAUCAUGCUGGUGGUCAGCUGGUUCUGGAUGCACUGGCUGUUCCUGGGCUGCAAUUUUAAAGAGACCUGCUCCCUGAGCAAGAAGAAGAAGACCAAAAGGGAAGAACUGUCAGAGAAGAGGAUCCGAGCGGAAUAUGAAAAGCUGGGAGCCAUCAGCUACCCUGAAAUGGUGACUGGGUUUUUCUUCAUCCUGAUGACGGUGCUGUGGUUUACUCGGGAGCCUGGCUUUGUUCCCGGCUGGGAUUCCUUCUUUGAAAAGAAGGGCUAUCGCACUGACGCCACAGUCUCUGUCUUCCUUGGCUUCCUCCUCUUCCUGAUUCCAGCCAAGAAGCCUUGCUUUGGGAAAAAGAAUGAUGGGGAGGACCAGGAGCCCUCACUGGGGAUGGAGCCCAUCAUCACGUGGAAGGACUUCCAGAAGACCAUGCCCUGGGAGAUUGUCAUUCUGGUGGGAGGAGGCUAUGCUCUAGCUUCUGGCAGCAAGAGCUCUGGCCUCUCCACGUGGAUUGGGCACCAGAUGUUGUCCCUGAGUAGCCUCCCACCAUGGGCCGUCACCCUGCUGGCCUGCAUCCUGGUGUCCAUUGUCACAGAGUUUGUGAGCAACCCAGCCACCAUCACCAUCUUCCUGCCCAUCCUGUGCACCUUGUCGGAAACGCUGCACAUAAAUCCACUCUACACCCUGAUCCCUGUCACCAUGUGCAUCUCCUUUGCAGUGAUGCUGCCUGUGGGCAACCCCCCCAACGCCAUCGUCUUCAGCUACGGGCACUGUCAGAUCAAAGACAUGGUGAAAGCUGGUCUGGGGGUCAAUGUCAUUGGCCUGGUGAUAGUGAUGGUGGCCAUCAAUACAUGGGGAAUUAGCCUCUUCCACCUGGACACUUUUCCCACCUGGGCUCAGGCCAGUAACAUCACCCACCAGGCCUAA